UCUUCGUCUCCUUCUCUUGACUCGUCUUCUCUCUGUUCAGAGCGGCGCUGACAUUAAUGCUAAAGACAUGCUGAAGAUGACGGCUCUUCACUGGGCGGCUCAGCACACUCACCACUCCGUCGCUGAGACGCUCAUCAAACACGGAGCCGAUGUUCACGCUCUGAGCAAGUUCGACAAGACGCCGUUUGACAUCGCGGUGGACGUCCAGAACACGGAGCUGAUGCUGAUGCUACAGGAGGGAAUGCAGAACCAGGUGAACAUGAACCAGGUGAACCUGAACCAGGUGAGCAUGAACGUGGAGACCAGCACCACCAACCAGCCUCAGUUCAUCAUCCAGGGGAUCCCAGGCAUCCAGGGGGGGGUGGUGAACCUGGCCGAGCUGCUCAACAAAGCCAACGCAGGCGACUCGGAGGAAGCGAUGGCCGCCAGCGCUCUGGACUCCAACAUCCAGCAUGCAACAGUGGUCAACGAGGGGGGUCAGAGGGUCAUCACCAUAGUAACGGACCAGCACGGCAACCUGCAAACCACGGGGGGCAUGGCCCCCCCCUUCUUUGUUACCAUGCAGCACGGACAGCAGAUGCUGGCGGUGCCGGCUAACGCUGUGACGGAGGAGGUGGUGACAGAGGAGCCUCAGGCUCCGCCCACCAGGAAGAGGAAGCUGGAGAUCACCAACAACCACAACGACUCAGGAGAGACGGAGUUGCUGCAGAGGCAGCUGCAGGAAGCGAACAGGAAGGCUCAGGAGUACCGUCAGCAGCUGAUGUGUAAGGAGCAGGAGGCGGAGGAGUACCGUGUGAAGCUGGAGGCCAUGUCUCAGUCUCAGGCCAACAACGCCGCCAUCAUCAGCGCCGCCGCCAACGCAGCCAGUCCAGAGGAGGUGGUGGGGGGGGGGGAGGACGAGGAGGAGGAGGAGGAGGAGGAGGAGGAGGCCGGCAUGGUGGAGGAGGAGGGGGAGAUGGUGGUGCUGCAGGAGGGAGGCAUCAUCAUGGAGGGGGAGGAGGGUCAGGUGACUCUGGUGGAGACGGGGGGGGAGACGGCGGAGGUCAGCUCCUAA